AUGAGUCGCCAUAAUGAGAGAGAAGACGAGGUUUCUGCAUCUGAAAUGAGUUCUUUGUUUUCCGGUAAUGACCUAACAGUGACCUCUGGUUUCAGGGGGAGGAAGAGACAUAAAUCAGACACUUCUGAACUCAGCGUUGUGUCUCUGAAGAGCGACGUAUCCAUGAGUCAACCUCCUGUACUGAGUGACACUACAGUGACCUCUGACCCUCUGAGGAAGAGACAUAAAUCAGACACUUCCGAUCCCAGCAUUGUGUCUCUAAAGAGUGACGUAUCCAUGAGGCAACCUCCUAUACUGAGUGAGACUCCAGUAACCUCUGACCCUCCAAAUUUUCUGACCUGCACUAAAUACGAUCAGACAGUUGAUCUGCAGAAAGCAGAGAACGAUGUCCUCCAAAGAGUCAAAGAUCUGCACAAAAUCAGCAUGAAGAACAAAUAUGAGGGAUUAUUUGAGGGAGUCAAACUCCAAAAGACUCAAACCCUCCUGAACAGUGUCUACACACAGCUGUACAUCAUAGAAGGAGAGAGUGAAGGAGUGAAUGAAGAACAUGAGGUUUUACAGAUGGAGAAAACAGCCAGAACAAAACACUCCCAACACACUCCAAUCUACUGCAAUGACAUCUUUAAAGAGGAGAAAGAGCAAAUCAAGACUGUUCUUACUAAAGGCAUCGCUGGAAUCGGAAAAACCGUCUCUGUGCAGAAGUUCAUUCUGGACUGGGCCGAGGGAAAAGCCAAUCAGGAUGUAGAUUUCAUGUUUGUGCUUCCAUUUCGAGAGCUGAACUUGAUCAGAGAUCAUCAAUACAGUCUUCACAGACUUCUGCUGGACUUCCAUCCUGAACUUGAAGAUCUGGAGCCCAAGAUUUAUGAGGAGUGUAAAGUUGUGUUCAUCUUUGAUGGUCUGGAUGAAAGCAGAAUCACACUGAUGUUUUCAGACGCUCAGAAAGUUUGUGAUGUGACUGAGACUUCAUCAGUGGCUGUGUUGAUGUCAAAGCUGAUGAAAGGAGAGCUGCUUCCCUCUGCUCUCAUCUGGAUCACCUCCAGACCAGCAGCAGCCAAUCAGAUCCCCUCCAAAUACAUCAAGCGUCUGACAGAAAUUCAGGGAUUCACUGAGCCUCAGAAGGAGGAAUAUUUCAGGAAGAGAAUCAGUGAGCAGCAUCAAGCCAGCAGAAUCAUCUCACACAUCAGAAGAGCAAAAAGCCUCCACAUCAUGUGCCACAUACCCGUCUUCUGCUGGAUCUCAUCCACUGUGCUUCAGAAGCUCCUGGAAGAAGAUCUGAGUGCAGAAAUCCCUCAAACUCUGACUGAGAUGUACAUCCACUUCCUGCUGAUUCAGAUCAACAUGAGGAAUCAGAAGUAUGAAGAGAGAGAUCCAGAGAAACUCCUGCAGUCUAGCAGAGAAGUGAUUGUCAAACUUGCUGAAGUGGCUUUCAGACAGCUGAUGAAGGGCAAUGUGAUGUUCUAUGAGGAGGACCUGAUUGAGAGCGGCGUAGACGUCUCUGACGCCUCAGUGUACUCUGGGAUUUGCACUGAGAUCUUUAAGGAGGAAUCUGUGAUUCAGCAGAGGAAAGUCUACAGCUUCAUCCAUCUGAGCGUUCAGGAGUUUCUUGCUGCUUUCUAUUUGUUUUAUCAUUACGUGAUAAAAAAUGUGGACACACUGCAGUUCUGUGAUGUGAUACAAAAUCUACAUAGAGAUAUAAUCAAUAAAGCUCUUGAGAGUGAAAAUGGCCAUCUGGAUCUGUUCCUGCGGUUUCUUCUGGGCGUCUCUCUGGAGUCCAAUCAGAGACUCUUCCAGGAUCUACUGACACACACAGAGAAGAGCUCAGAAAGCAUCAGGAGAAGCACACAGUACAUUAAAGAGAAGAUCAGAGAUGGACAUGGACUCUCCACUGAAAGAUCCAUCAAUCUGUUCCUCUGUCUGCUGGAAGUGAAAGAUCAGACUCUGUCCAGAGAGAUUCAGGAGUUUGUGAAAUCAGACAAACAGUCAGAGAGGAAACUCUCUCCUGCUCACUGCUCAACAAUCGCCUACAUGCUGCAGCUGUCAGAGGAGGCGCUGGAUGAGCUGGAGUUCUGGAAAUACAACACAUCCGAUGACGGCAGAAGAAGACUGAUACCAGCCGUCAGCAACUGCAGAAGAGCUCUUCUUGGUGGAUGCAAUCUCUCUACUCAGGAUUGUGAAAUUGUGUCGUCAGUUCUUCAAUCCUCAAACUGCGUCCUGAGGGAGCUGGACCUGAGUAACAAUGACCUGCAGGAUUCAGGAGUGAAGCUGCUCUCUGAUGGAUUGAAGAGUUCCAAUUGCCAGCUGGAGAUACUGAGGUUGUCUGGCUGUAUGGUGACAGAGGAAGGCUGUGGUUUUCUCUCUUCAGCUCUGAGUUCAAACCCCUCACACCUGAGAGAGCUGGAUCUGAGCUACAAUCACCCUGGAGAUUCAGGAGUCAAGCUGCUCCAACACAAGCUGAAGGAUCCACACUAUGCACUGCAGAAACUCAAUGUAGAUCAUGGAGGGCAUUUCAGGAUCACACAUGGAAUGCGAAAAUAUGCCUGUAGUCUCUCACUGGAUCCAAACACAGCACACACUCGCGUGAUUGUGUCUGAGGACAACAGAAGGGGAACGCAUGUGAGAGAUCAUCAGCCGUAUCCUGAUCAUCCAGACAGAUUUGAGAACUAUGAGCAGAUUCUGAGUGCAGAGACUCUGACUGGACGCUGUUACUGGGAGGCUAAGUUGACAGGCUGGGGUCACGCAGCGGUGGCAUAUAAAGGGAUCCAGAGGAAAGGAGGAAUUGACUGUCGCUUCGGUCUUAAUAAUAAGUCCUGGAAUCUGUACUUUUGCGAUACGAUUUUCUCUGCGUGGCAUGAUGGGAAGGCUAACAGCACACCUAUUCCUCCCUCUUCCUCUUUAUCCAAUAGAGUAGGGGUCUAUCUAGAUGUGUCGUCAGGUCGUCUGUCCUUUUACAGCAUCUCUGACGCACACACACUCACACACAUAUACACGUUCAACACUACAUUCACUGAACCCCUCUAUGCAGGAUUUGGGUUUUACAACGAUUCUGAAGUCUCUCUGUGUCAGAUUUAAAAGCCUCAUCACAUGUACACAGUUUACAAACCACCGGACUAACAUUUCACAAUUCUUAAAAAUGUCAUCUUUCUUUCUUGAAGUUCUUGCAUGCAUCUA